CGGAGGUGCCGAUCGAUCUAUUUUCUUCACGUGACACGCAGACUGUGCUAAACCCACGGAAAGGGAAACUGAGCCCGAAGACAUUCUGAGAAGUCAAAAGCACCGCUGACUUCCUCUCGAACGCGGGUCCUGUACCCAGUCCAGCGCAGCAGCAGAGCCCGGUACUGGAGGCCUGGAAGAUGGGGUGGAGGUGCCCAGAUCCCGGGCAGUCCACGGUCUCUGGGCCGCAACCCCAGGUCGUCCACGCCGCCUGGUCACUGACAGUAACCCUCCUGCUCUUCAUCGGUUGUCUCCAUGGUGCUCUGGUGGUGAUCCAGACGCCCUCGUUCGUCACUCGAUUAGAGGGACAGUCAGUCUCGUUGAACUGCGGCUACACAGCUGACGAUGAAGAUGUCUUUCGAAGCGUGGUCUACUGGACACUAAAGGAGGGCAAAGGCCCCACCGUGAUCCACCCCACGCCUCCCCCUCGCUACCAAAACCGGCUGACACUCACCAAACACAGGGGGGGUGGUAACACCACGUUGCUAAUCCACCCCCUCCAGCUGACUGACACCAACUUGUAUUACUGCUACAUCUCCUUCCUGGUGGGGGAACAAUCCUUCAACAAGGAAGGGGCAGGGACCAGGAUCUUUGUCUACGGGCCUCUGGUCUUAACGCCGCCUCCCAGCUGCCCAUGUGAUGCCCUCCGGGGUCGAUGCCACCUCUGGUGUGAGGCCAGGGUUCCCGGCAGGAACGGAGCCCAGAUCGUCUGGCUCAGAGACGGUGUGUCGGUCGGCGGUGGGGGCGUGGGGGGUGGUGGAGGAGCUGGAACAGUCGCUCUCACCCCCGCCAGCGACGGAGUCCACAGAUUGUCGAGCCAGCUCCCCCUACCCACCCUCAGCCCGGGCACCACGGUGAACUACACCUGCGCCUUGAAGCACAACUCCGCCGGCAUCAUCGCCUGGAAGGAACACGUGGUGGUGAGCGAAUCCCCCAGACAUCCUGUAGUCCUGUACGUUCUGUUGCUGGCAAAUUCAGCCAUCAUUCUCCUGUUGGUGAUUGCGUUUGGCCUGAAGAAGCUUUCCCACUGCAGACAGCACUGAGAUCGCUGGCGCCUCUCUCUCUCUCUCUCCCGCUCUCUCUCUCCACCAGCUCCGAUACGUACCAUCCCUGAAGUCCUUGCACGUGCACGGCCGGGUGGGGGUGGGGGUCAGGGAGGGGGUAGUUUGCCGAAAUCAGCCCCCUCCACACCUUGCCUCCUUGGAUGGGACAUGGCCUUCACCCAGCGUUCCCCACCUCAGACCUCAACCUCGUCUCCUCUCAUUAUCAACAACGGGGCGGGGGGGGGAAUCAGUUUUACACUGAGACCCCAGUGUGGCGAUAAGCGGGACCCAGCCCCCUCCAAACCCCUUGGCCGAUGAAACGAAGCACAGGCUAUCGCGUCAAAACGCGGGACUAUCCAAAACCCAAUGGUGCCUAAUGAUUAGAGGGGACGUGUCGGUAAAUCUGUAUUGAACCCCGGGUCAGGCCACUCCACCACCUGUGGCUCUGAUCGCCAUGCUAUGAAAAGGAGUUGGAGACGCUGGGCAGGGAGCAGAGAAGAUUUACAAUGAUGACCCUCGACACGCGUGGGGAUACAUUUCGGGAAAGGACGGAUGGGCUGGGUCUCUUUCCCCUGUAAAAACAAGGGAUGAUCUGGUGACCUAUUCGAGGCCUUUACAAUUCUGAAAGCUUUUGAUUGAGUGGAUUCGGAGAGAAUGUUUCCUAACGUACGGAGGUACAAACUAGGCCCUUCUAGCCUGCUCCCCAUCCGAUAAGAUCAUGGCUGAUCUGAAUGUAACCUCAACUCCCCACCCCACCUCCCCAUAACCUUUCACCCCCUUGUUAACCAUGAAUCCAUCUCGCUCAGCCUUAAGAACAUUCAAAGGCUCGGCUUCCAUCGCCUUUUGAGGGAGAGAGUUCCACAGACUCACGACCCCCUGAGAGAAAACAUUUCUCCUCAUCUCUUCUGAGGAAGACCAGGACUAGGGAGCCAUCGACAUGAGAUCGUCACUGAUAAACCCAAUGGGGGAAUUCAGGAGAAACCUCUUUACCCAGGGAGUGGGGGAGAAUGUGGGACUCGCUCCCACAGGGAGUGGUCGAGGUGAAUAGGGUCGAUGUGUUUAAGGGGGAAGCUGGAUAAACACACGAGGGAGAGAAAGGACUAGAAGGAUAUGGGGAUGGGGUGAGAUGAAGAAAAGGGUGGGAGGAGGCUGGAGUGGAGCAGCAAGUCUGGCAUGGUCUGGUUGGGGCAAAUAGUCAAAUCGCUGGGCUGAAGGGUCUUUUUUCUGUGCUGUAGGCAUCUCUGACUCUAAUGGUCUCUUUCUGUACCUUAUACCAUAUGUAAUCCAGCGCAAACCUCAACGCUGGAAUUUUUAGAAUGGAAGUUUGAUAUAAGCUGACUGAAUUUCAAAACCUGACCAAAUCUACCAGCAUGCUUUGCAAGGCCAGGAGACGUCAAAGUAAAACAAAAACCCGCUUAAAGCCGAAGGCUACAGCCUCACAGGUGAACAAGAACUGGACUGUGAUGGAGAACAACGCUUCUGAAUCCCACAGCCCCAAAAAGAGAGUUAAACGCCACAGUCAACGACACUUCUUGCCGUGCUCAAUGGUUAAAUUGAUCUGUGUUUGAUUGUGUUAGCCUGUUCACUGAUCUAUGUUCACCGUGCUUAAUUGCUUAUGCCUGUGGGUAGGGCCGGGGGUUGGGGGGGGGUGCAGAAGUAACUGAACCAGA